AUGGAGAGUAUAAGAAAAGUGAACUCAGAAAUUGGGAAGCACCCAACAACCUUGUUGUGCAUCUAUGGCUUUUUUUCUAUGAUGAGGCCUUCAGAACCUUUUCUGACUCCGUAUCUCACUGGUCAUGUAAAGAACUUGACGAUUGAUGAGGUCACUAAUGAAGUCUUUCCUGUGUGGACAUAUUCUUACCUGGUGAUCCUGAUGCCUGUUUUCUUAACUACAGACUGUUUAAGAUACAAGCCUAUCAUUAUUCUUCAAGGUAUUAGCUACAUUCUCACAUGGGUAAUGCUCCUAUUUGCCAAAGGUGUGCUGGCAAUGCAGUUCAUGGAGUUCCUAUACGGCAUGGUGACAGCUACUGAAAUCGCCUAUUUCUCCUAUAUUUAUAGCAUUGUUAACCAGGACCGAUAUCAGAAGGUAACCAGUUACUGUCGAAGCAUUCAGUUGUGUGGCUUUACACUUGCCUCUGUGAUGGGUCAGCUACUAAUUUCGUUGGUAGGUUUAGAUUACUUUUAUCUGAAUGUCAUAACUUUGGUUUCUUGUUCUAUUGCCCUCAUUUUCUCGUUUCUGUUGCCCAUGCCAAAAAGAAGUAUGUUUUUCCAUAAAACAGAAACAGAUGUUGCUGUACCAUACAAUGCCAGAACAACACACAAUAUUGAAGACUUCAACACACAGGAUGGAGCUCAUGUGUCCACAAUGCCACCCCAAGUAGAGGUUCCCAAAAAUCGUUUUAUGAAGGUACUUCGCCAGCUAUUGAAUGAUGUCAUAACCUGCUACUCAACUGGACAAAUCUUCUACUGGUCACUAUGGUGGGCUUUGGCAACAUGUGGCUACAAUCAAGUUGUCAACUACACACAGGUGCUGUGGGAGCAUGUGCAACCAUCAGGCAACCUUACGGCAUACAAUGGAGGAGUUGAGGCAAUUUCAACACUAAUGGGUGCAGCAACAUCCUUUUUCGUCAGUAUUAUCAGAAUUGAGUGGAGUCUUUGGGGAGAGUUGACUUUAGGCAUUGUUUCUUCCUUGGAUGCUGGUGCACUUUUUCUUAUGAAUUUGACAGAAAACAUCUGGAUCUGUUAUGCUGCCUAUUUAGUAUUCAAGGCUUUGUACAUGCUGCUCAUAACAAUUGCAACGUUUCAGAUUGCUGCUACCUUAAGCAUUGAACGAUAUGCUUUAAAUUUUGGGAUCAAUACAUUUGUGGCACUUUGUCUUCAGACAAUUGUGACAAUAAUUGUCGUGGAUUCAAGAGGUCUUAGUCUGGAUAUUGUAUCCCAGUUCUUUAUUUACGGAACGUAUUUUGCAGCAAUUGCUGUAAUAUUCCUAAUAAGAGGUGCCUAUAUUUUGAUUAUGGCCAAAAAGUCAACGAGAGGAACAACCUCCACAUCAGCAGAAUGA